GACUGCAAAGUUACUAGAGCAAUAACUGCAGAAAAACUAGUUGGCAAGCCUUUGUCUUGCAAGGAUAGCAGUCAUGGCUGGCUCUCUGCUGGCUAUACUCAGUGCAGCUGCACUGGCAGUUCUUAUAGUGCCCGACGCUGCAGAAGCAACCUGCACCCUCCUGGAGCAGCAGGAAGCUGGUAUAGAUCUCCAGCAGCAGUGGAGGGAUCCCUGCUUCACCUCCUGGUGUCGCCGUUUCCCUUUUGCCCGCUGCGAGACCCACAGAUGCACUGCACAGUUCUUUGUCGGCUCCACUGAUGUUACUGAUAACUGUGAUGUUGACAUCUGUGUUGUGGAGAAUGGUCCAGACAUAGAGUGCAAUGGAGUGUGUGGAAUUGACUUCCUCACUGGCCGCCCGUACUGCGACCCUUCAUGUGACAUUGACAACGGCGGCUGCAGCGACGACGAAGUCUGUGUGCCUGCUGAAACGGUCUUCUGCAUCAGAGCUCCCUGCCCCCAGGGCAUCCGCUGCAUCCAUAAGACUGCCGUCUGCAACCAGGAACCAGACACUGACUCGUGUGGAAUAACAGAGAGGGCCUUCUUCUACAACCCUGCCACCCAGCUCUGCAAGCGCUUCGUCUACGGUGGCUGCGAGCGCACACACAACCGGUUCUCGAGCAUGCAAGAGUGCAGGGAGACGUGUAGAGGUGUCACCGACGUCUGCUCAACCUCAAUCCGCUGUCCGCCUGGCACCAGGUGCAAGAUUAACGACGACGGAACCCCGUUCUGUGAGGCGUCCUGCGAGUACGACAAUGGAGGGUGCGAGGUUGACGAAAUCUGUCACAUGAGGCAGCCACAGUGUCUCACCCUGCCCUGUCCUGAUUUUGUCGAAUGCAUUCCUCGCAGAGAGGUGUGCGCACUGACGCUGAUGUUGGUGACUGCAGAGCUGCAAUUCCGAGAUACUACCACAACCAGCAGAGCGGUCGCUGCGAGCGGUUCUCCUACGGUGGGUGCGGAGGGAACGAAAACCGUUUCAUUACGCUCGAGGAGUGCCAGGAGACCUGUGGAGUGGAGAGCCCAUGUAAUCUAAUCGACUGCGCACCAGGGGCUAUUUGUCAAGUUGACACUGACGGAGAUGCAGAGUGCGUGAGCAUUACAUCGUGUCUGAUAAGGUCGUGUCCCACUGGAUUCUCCUGUGAGAGAGACCCAGCGACCAACAUGGCCGAGUGUGUCCCAAUAUUCAUCACCAUUGAUCCCUGCGAAUUCACUGACUGUGAUCCCUGUCGAUUUGAUCCCUGUAAACCAGGCACCACGUGUGAGCUAAACAGUAUCACAGGAGAUCCCGAGUGUGUUCCCAUUGACCGAUGCUCCAACUUCCCCUGCGCGGGCGGCUUCACGUGUGAAAUGCACCCGGUCACCAAUGAGCCCCAGUGUGUCCCCGAGGGAUUAGGCUGCGCUCUCAUCCACUGCCUCCCACCGGCCAUCUGUAGAAUCAGACGGGGCAACCAGAUGGGGUACUGUGGCGGAGAUCCCUGUGAGACUCACAACUGCGGCCGAGGGUUCGAGUGCCGCUACAACCAAGUGGAAGAUGCCGCCGAGUGUGUACCGAGUGUCAUCACUAAUGAUCCCUGUGUCCUCAAACUUUGUCCACCAGGGACUGGGUGUGAGGUGACUGAGCUUGGUACUGCAGUUUGCAGACCAAUCGAGACCCCGUGUGCCCUAAUCCUGUGUGACAUCAACUCAAUCUGCCGCAUGCGACCUGGCACAAAUGAUGGAUACUGUGGACCACACCCUUGCAAUACACACGUCUGUGAGCUAGGAACUGAAUGCCGCUUGAAUCGAGAGCUGGACAUUGCAGAGUGUGUCCCAACAGAUGCUUGCCUCACCACAGUUUGUCGGCCAGGAACCACAUGCGUGGUGAAUGAACUAGGUGCUGCAGUCUGCAGACUCGCUAAUCCCUGCAUCGCCGCUCUCUGUGCAGUGGGAACCGUCUGUGAAGUGGACCCAACAGGUUCCCCUGUCUGCGUUCCAGUCCCACAUCCCUGCGCCACAAUCAAAUGCCGCAAACCAGAGAUAUGCCGUGUUCGCCCCAGCGCUCAGAGAGGCUACUGUGGAGUCGAUCCCUGCAUCAAAAUGAACUGUGGUAAAAACUAUGAGUGCAGCUACAACGAGAAGACAGACGAAGGAGAGUGCGUACCAACAGCUCCCUGUCUCCUACAGGACUGCCCGACAGGCCAGGUCUGCAAACUGAAUGAAGACACUGGCGAAGGGGUAUGUUCACCCCCCGACCUGCGCUGUAUGAUCUUUGACUGUCCAAAGGGCACCGUAUGUCAGCCCAAGAAAGGCAUUAAAACCACGGUCGAGUGUUUCCCCGAAAACCCCUGUUCGCGCAUCGAUUGUGGCUCACAGCUAUGUCGAAUCGACCAGGUCUCUGGCAGAGGGUACUGCGGUAUCGACCCCUGCACUCUCGUGAGGUGUUUCAACUGUCGGUACAAUCCCGAGACUGAUGGUCCUCAGUGUAUGGGAGAUCCUUGUGCCACCGUACUCUGUUCCGAGGGUACCACCUGUAGAGUGGACGAAGACAGAGAGCCAGAGUGCGUGAGUCCUUGCGAAGACAUCAUCUGUGGCUCGCUCAUGUGCAGAGUCAACCUCGAUACCAAUGCUGGGUACUGCGGCCUCGACCCUUGUACGUACACAACGUGCGAGGCAGGGACCCAAUGUCGCUUCAACAUGAAGCUGGACGCUGCAGAAUGUGUAGCCGUCAAUCCCUGUGCCACUAUGGACUGUGCCGAGGGUACCACAUGUCAAGUCGAUGCCAGCUCCGGAGAGGCCCGGUGUGUCCUUGACCUUCCUGAUAUACGCUGCUUUCUUCUACAAUGUGCUGCUGGGUUUGUCUGCCAGGCCAACGAGGAUGGCAGUGUGGAGUGUGUACCAGAAGAUCCCUGCAGUGAUCGUAACUGUGGUCAACUGAUGUGUAGGGUUAGGCCAGACACACGCAGAGCCUACUGUGGGUUGGACCCAUGUACCUUCACCACCUGCCGUGAGGGAACAGAGUGCCGGUACAACCCUGACCUGGACAUAGCGGUGUGCGUGAAUCCUACCGACCCCUGCGCUGAUUUCAGCUGCACUGGAGGAGACAUCUGCAGAGUUAACGUCGCCACCGGGCUACCAUUCUGUGGCAUCACUCCGUGUGCCUUCACCACCUGCUUCGUUAACACACUCUGCGUCUAUGACCCUACGACCGACUCUGCUAGAUGUGUUGCACCGCCCGACCCUUGUGACGGAAUCAGUUGUAGUGGAGGAGACAUCUGCAGAGUGAAACAAGCCACUCAGGAGCCGUUCUGUGGUGUCGACUUAUGUACCAUCAUCUCCUGCGCCCCCAACUCAAGAUGCAACCACGACCCUCUCACUGACUUAGUUAUUUGCGAAGAAGUUAUAAUUUCUCUACCCGACGCAUGUAACAACGUUCAGUGUGCUCCGUGGACUAGAUGUGAGGUGAACGAGAGAUCAGUCGCAGAAUGCGCCCCCAUAUGUUCCGAUAUUCUCUGCGGGCGUCCACUGGUGUGUAGGAUAAAUGCAACAACGCGAGAGCCAUACUGCGGUAAUUUCGCCUGCCGUAACUUCAGAUGCACGGUCCCAGGCACUGAGUGUCAAUACGAUUAUGAAACAGACGAGCCGAGAUGUUCGUUUGUGGACAACAGCCCUGGCGAUGUUUGCAGCCCCGACCCUUGCCCUUUCAACUUUGCAUGUGUGAGGAAUUCUAGGGGCAAUGCCGAGUGUCUUCUUCUGACCAUCGGAUAAUGCGCUGCAUCACAUGAAACACAUCAAACUGCUAAUCAACAUCACAAACUAUAGUCUAUCCCUAAGUGUUUGGGCAUUAUUAGUUUUGUAUAGUUUUGUAAUAGUUCAUUGAGUCUCGAUUACAUGCAAGUAUUCUUGCACUCCUGGCGGGAUUCAAAUCGGUUGGCAUUUCCACCGCAGCCUCUGAAGCUGAACGCCUUGCACGUGUUCCUACGAGAGUUGUAGUAGAACCUUCUCAUUGAUCCGUCGAUUGGUCCAUUUGCACAGGGGCUCCCCCUGUCCCUUCGGAGAGUGCAAAUUGCAUUUGCGGUGGGCGUAGUCUCACUUUCUGUGGGUGAGACGAAACUAGGUCAAAAUUGUAUAUACCUAUGCUGGCUCAGUAUAGAUUGAUUUAUGCAAGACGGGUGGAGAAUGAUAUUCAUUGUUUCGAAUGCCAAUUACAUGUCAGAAUGUGUGCAUACACUCUGGGAAAGAACAGCACUCUUUUAGGUGGA